GCUCUGCUGCGCAAGCGCACGAAAGCUCUCUCUCUCGGCGUUUCUGUUUUAUUCACAGUAUGUGAGAGGCCCAACAGUUUACACACAGGUUUGAGUUUGUGGCAGAUUUUCUAGAAAAUUCGACGAGAGAAAUAGCUUAACUGAGCAGUGAAGCCUGGAGACUAUAUAAUACGAAGUUUAGAGAGACUUGCUAAAAAUACACGCGCUUAUAUACAAUUUAAACAAGGAAACGGUGCAGCGAGCGGAUAGGAAAAUAGCAUUGGGUUCAACAACACAGCCGCAGCCACACAGAAAACUCAUGGCGGCUACAGUGGAGGAGCUUUAUCGCAACUACGGGGUCUUGGCGGAUGCCAAGGAUGAUAUCAGCCAGCACAAGGAUGCAUAUCAGAGGAUCCUAGAUGGGGUGAAAGGUGGCCCAAAGGAGAAGCGCCUGGCUGCACAAUUCAUUCCCAAAUUUUUCAAGAGCUUUCCUGAGCUGGCAGACGCAGCCAUCAACGCACAGCUGGACCUCUGUGAGGAUGAGGAUGUGUCGAUCCGUCGUCAGGCCAUCAAGGAACUGCCUCAGUUUGCAGCAGGAGAGAACCUCCCCAGGAUUGCAGACAUCCUAACCCAGCUACUCCAGUCAGAUGACUCGGCCGAGUUUAACCUAGUUAAUGUUGCAUUACUCAGCAUAUUCAAGAUGGAUGCCAAAGGAACACUAGGUGGGCUCUUUACUCAAAUUCUGCAAGGAGAGGAUAUUGUGAGGGAGCGAGCGGUCAGAUUCCUCUCCAGUAAGAUGAAGACCCUGCCUGAUGAGGUGAUGACCAAGGAGGUGGAGGACUACAUCUUUACAGAGUCCAAGAAGGUCCUGGAGGAUGUGACUGGAGAGGAGUUUGUUGUGCUGAUGAAGAUCCUGUCAGGGCUAAAGAAUCUGCAGACAGUGAGCGGGCGGCAGCAGCUGGUGCAGUUGGUGGCAGAACAGGCAUUUCUGGAGCAGCACCUCAACCCAGCUGAUGCAGACAGUGUGGACAGGCUGCUGCAGUGCACUCGCCAAGCUGUGCCCCUCUUCUCUAAAAAUGUUCAUUCAACACAUUUUGUAACCUACUUCUGUGAGCACGCCCUGCCGAACCUCAGUACCCUGACUAGCCCAGUGGCUGAACUAGACAUCCAGUUAGAGGUUUUGAAGUUGUUGGCAGAGAUGAGCCCAUUCUGCGGUGACAUGGAAAAACUAGAAGUCAAUUUAGCCAAGCUGUUUGAUAAAUUACUGGAAUACAUGCCAUUGCCCCCGGAGGAGGCAGAGAAUGGGGAGAAUUCAGGCAGUGAGGAGCCCAAGCUGCAGUUCAGUUAUGUGGAGUGUCUCCUAUUCGGCUUCCAUCAGCUGGGUAAAAAACUGCCAGACUUCCUGACUGACAAACUCAAUGCAGAGAGACUGAAAGACUUCAAAAUCAGGCUGCAGUAUUUUGCUCGGGGGCUCCAGGUCUAUAUACGACAGUUACGGGCUGCCUUGCAAGGAAAGACUGGGGGUGCUUUAAAGACAGAUGAGAACAAAAUAAAAGUUGUUGCUUUGAAGAUAACAAAUAACAUUAAUGUACUAAUAAAGGACCUUUUCCACAAUCCUCCUUCUUACAAGAGCACAGUGACUCUUUCAUGGAAGCCUGUCCAGAAGGCAGAGGCUGCUGGACACAAACGAUCUAGCAGUGAAGACACAACCUCCAGCUCCCCUCCGAAGAAAACAUCAUUACUUCCAAAACGGGAUGCCCGGCAAAUCUACAACCCUCCCAGUGGCAAGUACAGCGGCAACAUUGGAGACUUUUCUUACGAACAAAGAGGUGGAUUCAGAGGUGGGCGAGGGAGAGGCUGGGGAGGCAGAGGAAAUCGUAGCCGAGGGAGAAUCUAUUAACAAGACUACCUUCAUACCAAACCACCCACCCAACACUGCUGGGGGUGCUGCUCUGGACUGACCUUUACAGCAGCUUUGCGACAGGAACCCUCACAGCACAGACCUACAGCCACCUCCCACCUGCUCUGCCAAGGGUGCUAACCUGCCCCUUUGCGGAAGUGGGGAGAGGACCUUUUGUACAACUGGCUUUGUUUAUAAAGAAGAUUGUUACUGUGUGUUGGUAAUCAUGAUUUUAUUUUUAUUUUUUUCCCUAAAAGCUGUGAUUAUAUUGAAAAUCCUUUGUGUUUUCACCCAUAUGAUUUAGAAACUAGGUUUGACACACACCCCCCACCCCCCCACCAAGAAAUAUGUUGCUACUUUUGGAAAUGUGUUAUGUAGACACACACGCCAAUAAAAACAAUUGUUCAGACUUUGGAUUCUGCAAGAUGACAAUAUUUGAGACUCAGCAGAUUAACUUGUAUGACUUGCUGCUCUACAAAGUAGCUCAAACAGGUCACUACUGACAGCAUUUUGCUUUCAUUUGGAUAUAUGCAUUUUGUUUUUCCCAUUGUUUAUUUUGCCUUUUUUACCUGGAGUUUACCUUUUGAUGAUAAGUGUUUGAAUGAUGAGGACUUAGCCCAUUGUGGCUCAGAGCUCCUGACAAUAUAAUGUGAACAGAGAAGGGGAAUAAAAUACCUUUUUCAAGUCACUAAAUUUUUGGAAAAACUUUUGGAUACUGUAUUUGUUGUAGUUUGUGUUCUGGCAGUGUGUACAAAUCUAGGGGGAGAAGAAACAACAGGGUUUGUGAAGAGCAUUAUUGGUUUACGUUUAGUUUUUAAUUCUGUGUUUGAACUGUGGGCAUGCAUUUUACGGGUCCAUGUGUUUGUGUGAAAUACAAAAAAAAAAAAAUUGUACCCUGGUUUAUUUUGA